AUCAACCACCCAUGAAGAGUCUCAUUAAAAAGCUCAAGGCGUUGCGGCCUUCAAAAUCUCGCCAGCCGUCUGCAGCUGCGGCACCAGACCAAGCUCCUUUUCCCGUCAAUGAUCCCCCAUCGACUUUCUCAAAACCACUUUCGAAAUUGGAGAGUCUGCCCGCCGAAAUCAGGCUUGCUGUGCUCCUAAACCUGGACAUCAAUGGUCUUAAAGCCCUCGUCCAUGCCUCCCCUCUUUAUCAUCAAUUAUAUCGAGCUUAUCGCUGGAGUACUCUGCGCGGGGUAUUCGCAAAAACGUUGCGGGAUGUUGUACCGGAUGCAAUAGCAGAAUCAGCAUCCAGGGUGAUCAAAGCGAAAGAACUGGGUGCCUUCUCGGAAAAUUAUCAGCGACUGCGUACGCUAGGCUCCCGCGCCAUCACGGAUGACGAUGUAUCCGAGGACCGAGUCGUAGAAAUGGUACGGUUCUACAGGUGCAUCAUCCACCCCCUCAUAGAGGCAUAUGCCCAAUGGGCCCAAGAGGAGCUGGAAAUGAAGGAGCCACUGAGCCUAUCGGAACAAGCACGCAUUACCCGUGGCCUAUAUCGCAUCCAGUUGUUCUUCAAUGUGAUGAGCAGAGAAAACUCCAGAAGCGUAUGGGUUUAUUUUGGCUCGGAAUAUGUCCUCCACUGGUUCUUCUGCAGGUACAAGCCGUGGGAGAUUGAAGAGAUCCUUUGCGUCCACGCCUUCGCCAUGCACAUGUACGACCGGAUUCUGAGAGAAAUACAUGACGAUGUUCGUCCGUCGUGGCCAAAAUUCACGGACCCGGAGCGCAAGGCGCUGGACAAUGAAUAUAUGCGGGAGGACUAUAUAAGAGGAACUAUACAACUCGGGUUGCCAUUCCUCCAGAUGAUACUCUCUCGUAGGAGUGAUUACGAUUACGUUGUUUUUACGAUGGGAGUCAACAUGUGUUGGACUCAGCACCUUGACCUCUACCUCCUUUUCUGGGACGGUGGCGGCACCGUGCAGGACGAGCGGCGCGUGAAACAUCCCACAGAGGAGGAUGAGAUGCAGCGAAGGCGUGAUCCGCUCCCUUUCCAACAGGACGACUUGGACGCGACGGGCCCGCCUUUAGCUUGGACGAUCUUCUGGAAGGGGACGUAUAGCAAUCUGUAUGGGUAUUACAUACCGACCAAGCUGCGGCUCUGGGGCUGUUUCAUGUGGGAUGGCAAGCGGCUUCGGCAGUUACUCAAAGGAAAAGAGGAUAGGGAUGCCCUUCUCUCACUGAUGGAUGACAGGCCGGAGCCGGUGCGACACUAUGCUAUGGAGUACUCUGUAGGUGAGGAGGGUGAUCCGCGUUUCCGUUUUGAUAGGGAUGACGAUGACGGCGACCACGACAACCUGCAGUAACUAAAUAAAAUCCCAUGUUUGAGCCUUUCAUACGAG